AUGUAUAACAAUCAACAAAUAAGUAAUAAUAAUAAUACAAAUAAUAAUUAUAAUAAUGUUUAUAACAAAGUAUUCAAGAAUCAAUAUUUAAUUCGAAAGAUAUUAAGAUUAGUUCAAUUGAAUUGUUAUAAAGAACAAUUAGAAUCAUUUAGGUAUAGAGAACUUGAUUCUUUAGAUUGGGUAUUAAAACAUGGUCAUGAAGGAUUAUUAAAGAUGAUCUUUGAUAGAGGCGAAUUUGAACAAAUGUUUGAAUCAGGUGGUGGUGAUCUCAUUAAACUAUUCUUUACCAAAGUAAAAGAUCGUCAAUUGCUACUUUCAAUCUAUAAUCAGUACCCACUAUACUUUUGUUCAGAUAGAACUAUCGAGUAUGCAUGUCAGAGAGGUGAUUUGGAGAUUGUAAAGAUGGUGGUAGAACAAAUACAACCUAAUAUGCCAAUCAACGAAACUUGUUUCGAGAGUGCGACUCAAUCAAACUCGUUACCACUUGCAAAGUACAUGUGUCAAGUACUACCUGCAACUCUAAGAUCAUCGGUCCCUCCCAUUACCAUCCGUACAAGCAAUCAUCAAAUGAUACAUUAUGUAUUGGAACUUGGAGAUCUUCAAGACCAUUUAAUCAGUCUUGAUCCUUUACUUGAGGACCGUGUAUUGUUUGAUUGGGUGGUAGCCAAUCAUCAAAAUAAGUGCGUAUGGGCAUACAAAGAGAGUAAAGUAAUCGAAAAAAUAGUAAAAGAGUUGCAGUUGGCAGUCAGUGAUAUUAGAAAUGAAUUGGAAUGCAAACAAUAUCUUGUAUCGAGCAAGAUACCAUUCCAAUCAAUUUACAAUGCAACUUUAGAAAUUGACAAUCGAAAAAUAAAACGACCUACUACCAGUUUUAAAGAAGUUGAUUUGGUUCUCUUAUCGAUUGGUCUAUUAUUAGAAGAUCCAAUCUACUAUGCAAUCAAAAUUCUAAUGUCUUGGGGUCACUCUGAAAGUGCCACUACAUCGUUACUACAAUACUAUAUAAAGACAGAUCAUCCUUUUUUACCAAACUUUUUGGCACAAUAUCCAAACAAUGACCCUUUAAUCACAAUCAACGCUAGUCAAUUUGAUUUAAUCUAUCAUCAAAUGCGUAACGAAAAUUUGGAUUUCAUUGUCAGCGAUGCAGAAACAUUUAAAUAUAUCUUUGAUCAUUCUUACUUUAAUAGUACGUUUAGUCAGAGAUUAAAGGAACAAUGUUAUUCUCGUCUAUUGUCAGAUGCAAUCAAUAAAUGUAACUUUGGUCUCGUUCAGUGUAUAACUGAAAGAGUAAAAACUCAAUUAGAGUUUACUUUUCAUCUUGGAGAAAAUGGAGCAUCUGUACAAGACCAUAUAGACAUGGCAAAUAUACUCGCUAAGAAUGGAUUCUAUGCCAAAGAGUUUUCAAUUGUAGCCAUGAAAUCAAUGUCACAUCCAAUUGAACAUGUAACCGAUUAUGUCUUGCAAUGUCAAUCGAGAAUGCAAGCCGACAAAGCAGGACAUCUUUUUUUCUAUGCAAAUGAAGAUUAUCUACUCAGAACAUGGUUAGCAAAAGGAAACGUGAUUGAUUUGGAUCUAAUUUUGGAUAACCAAGAACUUGCCAAUCACAUUGUAAAAUAUAAACAAGAAACUUUAAAAUCAAUGAUUUCACCUGGUGGAGAGAUACAUUUACAGUUUCGAGACAAGAUAUCGUUUACUUUUAAAAGUUUACUCGAUACAAUUAGAGAGGCGUGUCUUUAUCGAGAUAUGGAUCUGUUUAAAUGGCUUCUAAACACCAUACGUCAACUUGGCAUCGUUGAUACUAAUUUUCACAUUGCCGAGACUGUAUCGACGUGUGGAGGUGUGGAAAACAUAAAGGUCGUGAUGAACCAAUUCAAGAUUGACAAGCAACAAUUGGCCAACAUGCAAAGAGAAGCUUGUUUGGAAGGAUCAAAACUAAACCUAGAGUAUUUGAUAGAACACACUGAAUUGGAUGCCAAAGGUAUCGCUCGAAUCACUCCAACCAAACAAUCAAACUACCUACUCAAUUACUCUUCAACCUCUAAAAACCAUGGAGACAAACAGGAAUACAGAGUGGUUAAAACAGCAGUCAGAGAGGGUUACUUUGUAGUUGUAUCAUAUCUUUCAUCAAUUGGACGUCUAUUUUCAAAUCAACAAUGUACUAAAACAUUUCUGGCAGAGUCUGCCUACUCUCAGACAAUGAAAGUUUAUAUUAAUUCCUUACCUACAUAA